AUGUCUCUCCUCCACAAUGAAGACUUCACUAUCUGGCAAUUACGAUCCUCCUACCUCACCACUAUCAAAGACGGAAUCGGUGACCGCUUGAUAAACGUCAACAAUUCCGUCCUCAAUACCCCUGGGUUUCGCGCUGCGGGCUGGUCGACCGUUACCAACAACAACAAUGCCAGCAGUGCAUCCUCGCUAAAACGUACAUAUUCCCCACCGAUACCGACAACAGCAGCAGUCUCCUCGGAAUAUUAUCGACUUGCCGUUCGAGACGCGAAUGCUGCACGCGAUGAGCUUCAUGGCCUUGGUCUGGAGGACGGCGAGGAAGACGAAGGUGGCAUGGUCACUGGGAAGAGUACCAUGGAUAUCACGGCGCGAAAGAAUCAGGACCGAGCUGCGAAGAAAAAGCUUCGACGAGAACGUCAACAGGAGGUCCAGAGGCACGCAGCAGCAGAGGACGAUGAUAGCAGUGACUUGAGCGACAGCGACGAUGAUGGGGACAACCCAAGAAGAUCUACCGAUCAAAUCGAUUUCCCCAAGAUGCCUAUUCGCCGGGACCGAUCCGAUUCCUCUCCAAUGCGGUCGGGCGAACAGGGUGAUCGACCCGAACCCUUGAUCACAUCACCCGCAACGCAAAAUGUCGCAAAUCACUACCGAUCCGGAUCCCUGGGGACAUCCGUCAAGAAUCAAGGACGCCGGCCACGGCGCGAUACCGCAACAAGCAGUGAGCUAUCGACCGAUAACGAGGUUGACACACAAGGGCACAGGCCGGGGCAGGUUCAGUUCUCGACCACCAAUGAAGUAUUUGAGCGACCUCGAAGACGCCGGGAGAGGACUGGCAGCCGUGGUGCAGAGAGUUUGGCCCUUGAGGACUUGCAAGAGCAGGAUGAAGAUUCUGGGGCGGAGUCGGUUGGAUCAGCUCUGUCAUCUGAAUUCGAUGCCACGGCUGGCUCUGGAUCCCUGCUCCUUGCUGGGGUGGGGAUCAGCGGUGGUUUGGACUCGUCCUCGCCAGUCGCCCUCAUGCAUAAACUGCCGACUGGGAAUGGACCCCAGGGAAACUCGGCCCGGAAGUCGAAGACCAUCUCGACUCCCGAACUACAGGACCUUCCACCGCCGCGGCCGAUCAGCAUCGUACAACCUGUAAGCUUGCUGACUCGACAAAUAAAAGCCCGGACACGCGCCCCAAGCAACCCAGUAGAGAAAUUUAUGGUCCUUUCUGGAUUAGGCCAGCAAGACCCAUUGUGGGUUAAGAUAUACCUACCCUUGUCAUCCAACCCAGGCCUGCCACUGGAUAUGCCACUCAUGAGGGAAUCCAAACUUUCUGACCACCCUGCGCAUAUUUCCGUUGCUGAAGUGAUUGGCCUCGCCCUUUGGACAUACUCGGAACAGUCGCGAGCUCCCCCACUCCAACGUGAGAAGCUGACUGUGAAUCGCUGGGCAUUGCGCAUGGUUGAUGACGGCGAGGUGGAGUACGACUUCCCAGCCCUCGGCCGCACACUUCCCAUGACGGACUUUACUUCCAACAAUAACCAAGCUGCAAAGUCGCGCGCACGUGCACGUGGAAGACCAUGGGAUGAAUUUGCACUAGUGGAAGCGUCUCAGAGUGAAUUCGAAGAAAACGAAAGACUGUACCCUCAAUACAGCCAGAGUAUAGAGCCCGAGGAAAGUGAAUCGCCAGCCCAAAUUGGAGUAGCAGGUGCCCAGCCUGUGCCGCAGAUCAAUCUUCCAACUGAGCGCCAGAAUCCGAUCCUGGGUCCGACAUUCAAGUCUGCAAUCCACGACAACACAUUGACCCCUGCGGAUCGACCCGCAGUUCCGAUAUCCCAUGCAACACCCCGACUUGGAAUCACCAAGACCUUGAAAAUUCGAUUCCUCAACCUAGAAGGCUCUGCGCACGUUAUGACCCUGAAUACAACUACCGAUAGUUAUAUCGCGGAGAUUUUAGACUCGGUAUGCAAACGCUGGGGGUUGGACAAAGGAAAUUACCUUCUCAAAGUAAUGGGGUCAAACACGGUUGCACUACUUGAUCGGACAGUGGAAGCAUUGGGAAACGUAACCGAACUCGAUCUUGUUAGACGGCGAUUUGGCGCAGGCCCCCUGUCACUUGGUGGAUCACCAGGCAGCCUAUCACCCAAUACACCCCUUCAACCGGACGGCACUGGCCCUAACCCAGGUGCCGUCAAGAAGGGCAAGAAAGGCAACCAUAUGCUCCCAUCUUCUUCCCAGAAGCAGGAUCUCAUUGGAGGUUACUAUCGUCGGUAUCAUGUUUACCGCAAGCAACCGAUGUCUUUUACAGCUUCGAAUCAUCGCAUCCUUACCUUUGAUAACGACUACAUGCACAUCGUACCUGGCGAAACAGGGAAGAACGCUUCUGAUUCCAAGACUCGCUCCAUCAACUUCAAUGAUGUGGUGGGUUGUAAAGUGAGUCGGCGCCACCCGAAAAGUUUCCGGGUGGUUGUUCUGCGAGGCAAUGAAGCCAAUGAGCAGAAGCGGUAUGAUUUUGAGGCACGGAAUGCCUUGGAAGCGGUUGAGAUUGUGGAUGAAAUCAAGAAGAACAUGGCGCAAUAUCGUGUUUGA